AUGAAAGCCUACUGGUUCGACAACCUGCCCGGCGACCAACGCGAACCCCAUGACUCUGGUCGCAACGUUGACCCAGACUAUCUGGCAAAGCUGGGUGUCAUCUACCAUCAUGUUCCUGAAGUUGCAGGCGUCGAUGCCAUUGCCACAUCGCGCAACUACAAGAACCGGGAUGAAAUCACCGUCUCGCCCGAAAAGAUGGGCGACAUCUACGAAGAGAAAGUGAAGACCUUUUUCCACGAGCAUCUCCAUGAGGAUGAAGAGAUUCGGUAUAUCCUGGAUGGCGCAGGCUACUUUGAUGUCAGAAGCGAGGGCGACGAUUGGGUAAGGAUCUGGCUCGAGAAGGGCGACUUGAUUAUUCUACCGAGUGGCAUCUAUCAUCGCUUUACCACCGAUGAGCAGAACUACACCAAGGCCAUGCGGCUGUUCAAGGAUGAGCCCAAGUGGACGCCGCUGAACAGAGGCAAUGAGACAGAUGAGAACCCAUACAGGAAGGAGUAUCUGAAGGCUAUGCAAGUUGACAUAUUUUGGCCUUCGCUGAGUAGAAUGAACGUUUCAGUCGCCCUCUUGAGCUUGUUCAGGGCCGACAAGCCCCGUAAUCUGCCAUUGUUGAAGCCGCUCCAUGGCGUUGGCGACCACCAAAACACGCUCUCCAUUAUCCACAACUCCAAAUCCCCUUCCUUGAACAACGUCAGGCACCAGUCGAGUGGCCAAUUACUCACCAUGGAACCACAGAAAAAAGUUGAGCAUCUCCGACCAGAGCCACGUCGGCGGGCUCCCCCAAAGUCUUCGGCUUCUAUACUAGGGCAUCUGAUCGCUCAUGCAAAGAGGGGCCACGAUGACUUCAUCUCGCCUGAGCUGAUGGAGGAUAAUCGUCGCAAGAACGAGGAAUACGAGCGAUCCCAUAAACGACCGCGAGUCCCCCCUUCACUGCCCAGUUUGCAGACCUUGCAGCGUAUGCGAAACACGCUGCGGGAUAGCGUUGCGUCCAAGGGCGAUUCCUACCGUCCGGAUUACCGUAAAACUCCUGAUGAUCCACAUCAUGCCCAGAAGACACAGCGUCAAAAGUCCUCUUACACAGAGACACCGCCUCGGCAUACACCCGCCGCCUACCUCGCCAAUCUCUUUGCUUCUGAUAGGAGCACUCGAGUCAACUGUCAAGUCUCGCUUUGUGAGCACGAGUACUACGCCAUAGACUGGGAGUCGUCCGAUUCUGACAAUAGGAAGGGUUCCUGGAUAGCCCACUUCCGACAUUACUGGGACUACCCCUCGUCUCGAGACGAUCACAAAAAGUGCCAGCCGCCCAACAUUCAAUCACGAUGCAAUGUCCUAGCUGAGCGUAUCAUUGCAAAGUCCAUGGAGAAAGAAGACAGAAAGUCUUUGGGCAGGGAUAAGCGGAAUGGCGCAGUGACCCGGCCUUCAUUUGAGAGAGUUCACCGAGAAGUGCGAAUCAUGUACUCGCAUCUUUUCCGCGGCAAUGCCGAAGAUGUUAUUGAGAAGAAGGAGGAGGCUGCACGCAAGAAGCAUGAUCUAUUCUCUCAACGUGAGAUAUUGGCCGAGAAAACGCAGCGACAAGCUCAUGCUGAGCGUCAGCGCAAGGAACUUGCCAAGGGUUUGGCUAUUGAAGAUUCAGUCAAGGAGCCUUCCAAUAAGCGUACUCGAAUGGAUGAUGGUGACACAGCUCGGUAUCCCAAGGAGGCGCCCAAGAAGAAGCAGAAGAUCUCAGUACCUGAAGACCGCUUCAAGCCUACCACCAAGGAAGAGCGUGAAAAGCGUGUUAUUCAGAUGAAGAAAUCCAUUCAGGCUCAGCAUACUCUGAGAAUUGCUAAUAUCAGGGAGAAGAAGAAAGCCGUGUCUUCAAAGCUUGUUCCAGUAGAUCCAGGCUCGAAUGAAGACAAACACGCACCAACCAAGGUUUCCGCACCACAAAUACCCAAGCCACAAGGACCAAAGAAGAAGGAGCUGACUCCUGAAGAACGAAAGAUUCUCAAAAGAAUGCAGCGGGCUGAAGCAGAAGAGGCCAAUGCAUACACAAGCAAUAACAUCGUGGAACCUAAGCAACAACCCGAGGACAAACUCGACGAAGAAGCACAUAUUCUAUCUCAACUCACCGAUCAAGCAAAAAAAGACAUAUUGCUUGCACCUGCAACUAGCAAAACAGACCAGCUCUGCCCCUACACAAGCGGAACAGAAGUCUGCGGUUAA